GUUUCCCACCGCCUCUUUCUGCCUUCCUCUCGCACGCUCUUUCGCUAUGCCACAUUACGAUAUUGCGACGCGUGCUCAAGCGCUUACGCUGAAGCUGAUCUUGCAGCUCAGCAAUGCGGAGAUUGAAGAGCUUACCGGUCUAAGUUCCCGCACGGUCAACAGCAUCGCGACUAAAGCACUGGAGCGUGGAUUUGAUCCGAAUGCACGGCCUGUCCUCAUUCUCGACAAGCACGUCUGCGACGCCCCUCGAACCGGCCGUCCUUCCAAGCGGAAAGUGAACCAGGAUGCGGAUGCUGCACAGCCUUAGGCAACGUACUCCGUCGUCCCUCAUGUGACAGACUGGCGUAUUUGCGCGCUUCUGGUAUAAAGAAGACGAAGUCCCGACAUGUACUGUGGAGCAUGGAAUUUGAGAUAGGAAUGAUUAAACACAAACACAGAAGGAGAUAACAAGCUCUACAACAAGACCUCUCGAGGCAAGGACUUCGAACCCCUGAAAACCGCAGUCAAUUUCCUGGCUUCAUCCCGGGGCAAGUGUCAGAGGAGGUACGGCGGGGUUCAGGCAGCCUUACCUGCGGUAUGGAACUACGGGGGUUUGCAUAUCACAGAAGCGAAUCUUAAGUAAGCUGGUCUGACCCACCUUGUUGGGGAUUGAGCUGGCC